AUGACAAUCCCCCCCUACGAACAGCGCAGCCACGAAAAACGCAUCCAACAACUCGAAUCUAUUCCAAAAGAAUGGCGCUUACCAAGAGUCCCCUCAGAGGAAGAAGUCCGCAAUGCACUGGAAUACAUCCGUCAACAACAAAAUCACCUGCUGUCACCCCAAGAACUAGAAAUAACCGAAACAACCAACAUAACCAUCCUCCUCCACAAGCUCGCAACCAGCGAACUCUCCUCCGUCGCCGUGACAACCGCCUUCGCCAAACGCGCCGCUCUGGCGCAGCAGCUAACCGGAUGCUGUACGGAGAUAUUCUUCGCGGACGCGCUCGCUCAGGCGCGGGAGUUGGAUGAGUACCUCGCAAGGGAAGGGAGGACGGUUGGGCCUUUGCAUGGGCUGCCGGUGUCGGUGAAGGAUUUGUUUGAGGUUAGGGGGGUGGAUACUUCUAUCGGAUGGGUCGGUCUAACAGACAAGCCUGCAAAGGAAGACGGCCACGCGGUGCAGACCCUGCGCAGGAUGGGCGCUGUGCUGUACGUGAAGACGAAUGUGCCGCAGUCGAUGAUGAUGUCCGACUCGUACAACCACGUCUUCGGGCAAUGCGUCCACCCACUCAACAGAGCGCUCAUCUCAGGCGGCAGUUCGGGCGGCGAGGCGAGUCUCGUCUGCGCGAGAGGAAGCAUCCUAGGCAUCGGCACCGAUAUAGGCGGCUCUAUCCGUAUUCCUGCCAGUUUGUGUGGAUUGUAUGGGCUGUCGCCGUCGUCGGGGAGGCAGCCGUAUGAGCAGAGGGGCCUCAAACAAGACAUCGUCCGCUCCGUCGCCGGGCCCAUGGCCACCAGCCUAGCCUCUGUCGAGACGUACAUGUCCGCACUGGCAUCCGUCUCACCGUGGGAGAUCGACCCGCGCGUGAUCCCGAUGCCCUGGCGCGCAGAGCAAUGCACGAUAAGCAAGGACAAGAGACUAAAAAUCGGCUUCGUCAUCGACGACGGCGUCGUCAGGGUGCAGCCGCCCAUUGCCAGGGCGGUAAGGGAGGUGGUUGAGGCGUUGAGGAGGGCUGGUCAUGAGGGUGAGCAUACAAACCCUACAUCUAUAUGUACUGGGCUGGUUGCUGACUGCCUAGUCAUCGAAUGGGACGCCACCUCGCACAACUACGCCUACAAACUCUGGGAAAAAGCCAUCUUGUCAGACGGCGGCGAGAACUGUCGCAAGCUGUGUUCGCUGAGCGGCGAGCCUUUGAUCGAGGGGAUGCUCGUGGGGACGGAGAAAGACCUGUUGACGACGAGUGAGCUGCAUCAACUCAUCCUCGACAAAUAUACCUACGAAACGACGUAUCUCCACCGAUGGCACGCCGCGCAGCUCGACGCGCUCAUCAUGCCCGUCACGCCGUGGGUGGGCUACAAGCCUUGGACCUGGGUGCGGAGCCACCAGUACGUCGGGUACACGAGUAUCUGGAACCUGCUCGACUAUGCUUCGUUGGCGAUGCCGGUGACGGUGGCGGAUGAGAAGAAGGAUCGGCUGGAUAUCGACACGAAUAUAGAGUAUUGGGGGAAGCAUGUCCCGAGGAAUGCGUCGGAUGAGUUUAAUUAUCGGCAAUAUGAUAUCAACCUGGUCAAAGGCAUGCCUGUCGGUAUCCAGGUCGUAGGUGGGAAAUUCGGUGAGGAGAAGUGCAUUGCUGUCGCUAAGGUUAUCGAGGAGGCGUUGGUGCAGUUUAGGAAGUGA